AUGAGUGAUUUUAGUGACGAAUUGACAAGGCCCAUGGCAGAAGCUGAUGAGGUGGAAACAUCAAUGCUCUCUGGUACAGGAAUGUAUAUUCCCUGGCUCAGAAAGCAAAUGGAAACGGUGGUGACUGGAGGAAGAAAGGAAAAGGAUUUUGCUCAGACAACAAGUGCUUGUUUAGAAUUAAUCCAAGAAGCUCUACUGAAACACGAAUGGCAGAAGGCUGCAGAAUACAUGCAUAGUUAUUUUCAAAUUUUGGAGGAUACAGAUACCAGCAAAAGGCAGGCUGCCCCAGAGAUUAUUUGGAGGCUUGGAAGUGAAAUUCUGUAUUAUCAUCCCAAGAGCAACGUGGAGACUUUCAGUACCUUUGCUGACCGUAUGAAAAAUAUUGGUGUCAUGAAUUACUUAAAGAUCUCCUUACAACAUGCACUAUACCUUCUACAUCAUGGAAUGCUUGAGGAUGCAAAUAGAAAUCUAAGCCAGGCAGAGACAUGGAGAUACGGUGAAAAGUCAUCUUCUCAGGAAAUAUUAAUCAACCUUAUUCAGGCCUAUAAAGGGCUUUUGCAGUAUUAUACUUGGUCUAAGAAGAAGACGGAAUUGUCUAAGCUUGAUGAGGAUGAUUAUGCUUACAGCACAGCAACCCAGAAUAUGCUCAACCACAGCUGGAAGACAUCUAUAAAUUUUUGUGCAUUGAUUCAGAUUCCUGGAGUUUGGGACCCUUUUGUGAAGAGUUAUGUAGAGAUGCUGGAAUUCUAUGGGGAUCAAGAUGGAGCACGAGAGGUCCUCACCAAUUAUGCAUAUGAUGAGAAGUUUCCAUCAAAUCCGAAUGCCCAUAUGUACUUGUAUAACUUUCUAAAGAGAGAGAAGGCACCAAAGGAGAAACUGAUAAGUGUGCUUAAGAUUUUGUAUCAGAUUGUACCAUCUCAUAAACUGAUGUUAGAAUUCCAUAGAAUACUUAGAAAUUCAGAAAAAGAAGAACACCGUAAACUGGGCCUGGAGGUAUUAUUUGCAGUCUUAGAUUUUGCUGGCUGCACUAAGAAUAUAACUGCAUGGAAAUAUUUAGCAAAAUAUCUGAAACAGACCUUAAUGGGAUAUUUUAGGUAUGUUUCAAAACAAGGUCACCAAGUCUUAAGGAAGAAAAUUAAGCGGAUGAACAAAUCAGUGAAAAGAUACAGUAUUGUAAAUCCGGGACCCUGA